CUCAGAGCCUGAGAGGCUCCUCCCUAUAACAAAUCAAGAUGUGAUAACAUUUAAGAAUAGGACACUGACGGCUUCAAAACGGAUUUCAGCGGGGGAGCUCAGAUGAUCAAAGAGAUGAACCUGGAUGAGGACAACAGCCUGUCAGUCAGUUGUGGCAACGGCAAACUGAGACAGUGGCUGAUUGAUCAGAUUGACAGCAGGAGAUAUCCCGGCCUGGUUUGGGAAAAUGAUGAAAAAACAAUUUUUCGGAUUCCAUGGAAACAUGCAGGCAAACAAGAUUAUAACAGAGAGGAGGAUGCUGCGCUGUUCAAGGCAUGGGCAAUGUUCAAAGGAAAAUAUAAGGAAGGUGUGGACAAGCCAGAUCCCCCCACAUGGAAAACUAGACUACGCUGUGCUCUUAAUAAAAGCAAUGACUUUGAUGAGUUAGUGGAAAGAAGCCAACUGGACAUCUCAGAGCCCUACAAAGUCUACAGAAUCAUUCCAGAGGGAGCCAAAAAAGGGAUGAAGAUGAGCAGUAUGGAGGAGACAUCAUCACACGUAAAUGCCCUUGGCUAUAUUCCGCCGUAUGCGUCUCUGCACAGCCAGGUACCCGGCUACAUGGUUUCCCAGGAGAGAAGGGACUGGAGGGAUUUCUCACCAGCAGAACAACAACCCCUUCCACCUCCACAUCACCAUGGGUCACAUGCAGAGCUGCAGUAUGGCCAGUGCCACUACCCGUCACCGAUCAGCCGGGCUUGGCCUGGGUCACACACUGAAAAUGGUUUUCAGCUCUCCUUCCACACCUACUUUUCAGAGUCGCAACCACCUGUGUAUACAAUGGACCACAACAAUGCAAUAACAGAUUUCAGCCUGCAUGUGUCCCUAUACUACAGAGAGUCUUUGGUAAAGGAAGUUACCACCAGCAGCCCAGAAGGUUGCCGGAUCACCUCUUCCUCCUCCUCCUCCUCUCCAUCCUCUUCUUCCCCCUCUUCCCCAUGCCCAGAGGACAAGUUUCACAGUGGGGCAGAAAUCAUCCUUUUUCCAUUCCCAUACCCUGAGUCUCAGAGGCAGGGUGCUGAGAUGCUUCCUAACGUACUGGAAAGGGGGGUGCUUCUCUGGAUGAUGCCUGAUGGGUUGUACGCUAAGCGCCUGUGCCAGGGACGAGUAUACUGGGAGGGACCUCUGGCUCCAUAUAUGGAUAAACCCAACAAGCUGGAGAAGGAGCAGCCAUGCAAACUGUUUGACACCCAGCAAUUCCUUAUUGAGCUUCAAGAUUUUGCCCAUAAUGGCCGACAUGUACCAAGACACCAGGUGGUACUAUGUUUUGGAGAUGAGUAUCCCGACCCACAGCGGCCAAGGAAGAUGAUCACAGCACAGGUGGAGCCAGUGUUUGCCAGAAAACUGGUGUACUAUUACCAGCAGAACAACGGCCACUACCUGCGGGGCUAUGAUCACAUCCAGGAACAGAGCCCGUCUCCAACAAUCGACUAUCCUUCCCAGAGACCUCUUCAGCAUAUUCAGCAGUGACAUGCAUGCACGCACGCACGUGCACACACACACACACACGCACACAAGCGCACACACGCACGCAAGCACGCACAACAUGCUGGAGGGCAUGAAGUUGAAGGUAAACCGCUGACCGUGUAUCAUGCCUUGUGACUGCAGUGCUGUGUACCUUAAAUGGCAGAAAGUGGCAUGCUACUGAGGGGUAGAGAUGGGGAAGACCCUGUCGUUUUCACCUGCACACCUAUGCAUCGUAGUCUUUGUGUCUGUGACUACGGGGUAAUGUCUUUUUUUUCACUAAAAGUAUUAUUGUGACAGAAUGAA